CGCAUAGAAGAUUCAUACACACUACCCCUCCCAUACCCAACCUAUGCCUCACAUUGUCUUUGUGUCAACGUCUCCCCGCCCCCCCCCCCUCUCCCUCCCCUUUCCCCCAUCCUCCUUUACCCUUUUCGGAACAGAGGCCUGUUCCACAAUGAACUUACACAGCAGGAUCUUGAACUACUUUCAGGGGCGAUGCACACUUUUCACAUGGCGAUGAAUAACGCGUCCAUUCCUUAUUUUAUGUUUGAGGUAACUGGUUUAUAUAAAUUUUACGACACCUCAGGUCAUUCAGCUGAAACUGUCCCUUGGAAAACCCCCUUCCUUGAUGUCAGCUUCUACGCAGAAAACUCCACACAUUUGUGGGACAUCGUCUUCACACGCCUCUUGGUUUACAACAAGUCAGACAUUUUCCCUUUGGUUGACAGACCGUUUCUAGGUCAGCUGUACCCCGCUCCCCGCGACCCUCUAAGAAUCUUGCAGGUGAACUACAAUUUAGAUCACUGCAGCACGGGAUGCCAGGUGAAGACUGUUGCCUGCUCAUCCUUGCUGGGCGUUCUACCGUUUGUUCAGCAUGUGAGGGGACCUGCGGGUGCGUGGUGUGAGGAGGUGUUAACAUUCAGAGGUCAAGUACUCAGUACAUUUGUCAGGAAUUCCACAAACAUCACUGUUUGUUGA